AUGAGUCACUUAUGCUGCAUGUGUGCGUGGAUUUCUCCGGAGAUUUCAUUGCUUUCAUGGGGUUUCUCGUGCCAUUGGUGGGAGACCAAUGCUAUGGGUUCGUGGCCGUCCCCUGAGGAGGUGGCUCGCCACGGUCUUCGGACCGCUACGGGCCAUAUCCUCGAGAAUAUCGGCUUCUCAUCUGUAUCCGGUGAAUCACUAAAUGUUCUCACUGAUGUAAUGCGUCGAUUUAUGGUGGAAUUGUGGUCUCGGAGCAAGAUGCUGGCCGAGCAUGCUUGUCGAACAGAAAUAACACCGGAUGAUAUGAAUCUUACCUUCAGCCGAUUAAAGUUUUCAACUGUCGAAAUGCGCGAUUACCUUUUGCAAGUGGGGAACGUUGGCCAGCCAAAACCAUUAUGCCACUUUCCUGUUCCACACCCAAAUGCGAGACCAUUGUUUGCACCUCAACCUAGCGCAAAGGAGCUCGAGGACCGCCCUGCUCACAUCCCUCCUUACUAUCCGGCAGCACAUCCAGAAUGGACAUCAGAUGGUGCCGAUUACCUUGCGGUAAUGAAGCCCUCAACUUCAGUAGAAAAGAAGGGAGGACCUGCUGACUUUCCCGAUUUUUCGAGUAUGGAUGCAAAGUGUCUAGGACUUUUACGGCGUGGUCAUGAAGAGCCGUCUUUUCUGGAUACCAGCAAAGAUCAUAGUUCAGCCACUGGAAUCCGGAGUAGUGCAAAUCUGUCCUCACUGAAGCUUCAGCAGAGUACUAGUAAUGAGUUGACCGUGAACACCUCCUCUCCUCGUAAGAAGACAAAGGGUAGUAGUAGCUACAAGGAUCUUCACAGCAACUAUUCCCCUUCCCCCACACCUUCACCGCUGUCUGCACACUUCAAGCGCGCAGAACAAUCCACUAGUAGAUCUGAGUCCCCGUCCUCACGUUUGACUGUAACGCUGCCUCGGAAACAGGAUCAGAAACAACCGAAAAUUACACCUACGAAGGUGAAAAAGGGUUUUAUUCCUGAAAUGGGCACGCCAAGCACUUCUCCAAUGCCAAGGCUUGAAAACCAGAGCGCAGCUGAAAGCGUCGUGCAAACCCAACUGGAAAUACAUUCUGCAAGGAAUUCGCCUGCUCCUAAACCACCAGCUCAGCCUGCACAACAUCCUAUCCCAGAUCCACCCGAAGCAGCUCUUGCACUGCAGAGUAUUCUGCUUGCGCAUGUGAAGGAAGAAGUCACGAAGGAGAAGAAGCAGCGGGAGAAAAAAGCAAAGCAAAAGGACAAGCGGAAGAAGCUUCAGGAGGAGCAAGAGCUGCUUCGGAAGCAAGAACAAGAAGCCCGAGAACGUCAACUUCUUGCGGAGCAGCGCCUUGAAAAGGAGAGGGCUGAACAGCGACAGGCAGAGGAGAGGGCUCGCUUGCAUUUACUCGAGCUCGCCCGUGAUACAGCCACACCACCAAUGAGGCAAGAAGUUCCAGAAGCUUCGCCGAAGUCGCUGAAAAUUGUCAUCAGUAAUCCUCAUAGCGAUUCGGCUAGUUCCGCGUUUUCACCACCUCCGCAAACGCCACAGAUGCCGCUAGAUGCACGAGUCCCUGGAGCGACUCCUUCUACGAUUGACCCUCAUUACGACAACGACUCUGAUACGAUACCGUUUUUCGACGACGCUGUUCCUGCCCCCACUGAAAAAGUACCGGUACCACUGGAAACAACAUUUCCACUAAAUAUUAGCUUGGAUGACUCCAUGUCUCAACAUCACAAGAAGAAGAAGAAAAAGGAUAAGGAAAAGGAAAGAGAACGAUCGAAAUCACCUCAUAAGAAAGAAAGGAAGAAGGAUAAAGAACACAAAAAGAAGAAAAAAAGGAAAGAAAGAGACAGAAGUCACGAGAGGGAGGAUCCUGAUCAAGGAGAGCAAAAGCAAGCAAAAAGCAGCUCCUCUGCAAAAGAACCAGCGCACGAACCAAAAUUCACCCUUAAAAUUCGCAUUGGUGAUCAGACGUCAACUACCGAGACAGUCACUGAGUCCAGCCCUCAGCCCGAAACCGUCAAGAUCAAGUUCAAGAACUUUCCUACUGAGGAACCAAAAAGGGAAGAGCCGAAAACGGUGCCACCGUUGAAGUUGGGCUCCUUAUCAACACAUAAAGAGGUGAAAGAGGAAGCAGCACCUCCUGAACCAAAACGCAAGUUUUAUACGAAAGCUGAGCUUAAAGCACCUCCUCCUCCAUUCUCAAGCUUCUCCUCAGACAAACAUUCUAAGGAGGAACGAAAACGGAAGAAAAAAGAAGAUGAAGAGAGGAAACGUGAAAAAGAAGAGCGUAAACGCCGUGAAAAAGAGGACAAGCGGCGCUUUGAACAGGAACGCGAGCAAGAGCUCGAACGAGUUCGGGAGAAGGAACGAGAACGUGAGCGGGAACGAGAACGCGAACGGGAGCGUGAACGUGAACGCGAACGGGAGCGUGAACGCGAACGUGAACGUGAACGCGAAAAGGAACGAGAGAAGGAGCAGGAGCAAGCUGAACAACGGGAAAAGGAGCAACGAGAGAAGGAGCAACGUGAACGGGAGAAGCAGCGACGCGAAAAGGAGGUUUUACUACCGCCACCGGUGACGGCGUUUGUUAAAGCAGAAAAGAAGAAAGACAAGAAGAAUAAGGAGAAGCGCCGGAGUAAAGAGGAAAAGAAGAAUCCGGUUGAAGUAAGUGCUCUAGCUCCGGAUGACAUUUCAGAAGAAGGAGAUGAUGAUGGCUCGGACGUGGUGUGGAUAUGUCCAUCGUGCUCUGUAGCAUGGACCGAAGGAGCUACUAUGGUUUGCUGUGAUAUGUGCGAUAACUGGUUUCAUUGGCAUUGUGUUGGCCUAAUUGUUGCCCCACCGGAUGAUGUACCGUGGUUUUGUCAGAAAUGUGCCGGUAAAAAGCAAAAUGAGAAAUCGGGUAAGCGCCCUGGAAGUAAGCUGGAAGGGUCUGUACGAAAGAAGAAGAAGCUGCCGUGA